GCUGCGCGGAGCCCGGAGGGGCCUCAGUUUCCCUAAAAGCCCAUACAUAGCUCUUAGGAAGAAAACCCACCGAGGCGGUGCGGUAGGUGCAAAGCCCGGUGGAGGAAGCACUGCAAACCCCCGGUGACACGGCCCCCCUUGUCCAAAUGUAGACGCUAUUUGCAAAAAUACCAGCCUGUCUGAAAUCCUUCCAAAGAAGCAUUGGGGGUUCAUGGGGGGCGCGGGGGUAGAAAAACAGAGCUCAGGAUGUAUUUCCAAAUAGGCAUUGUCUUUGGGGAGUACUUGCACUAUUGAUCUGAUUAAUAGGCGCUUAAUGAUAUCCAUUUGGUUAUCGACGGGGCGGACGUUGAGUGCGUGCUGUGUGCCAGCUAGCUGCGGGCUGCACCAGGGACAGAGGGCCGCUAGGGCUCUGUCCUCCCCCCCCCCCCGCCCGGGGCUUCUGGCCUGGGGGUGGGGGCGAGAGGUGUCCAAGGAGAUAUGUGCACCCAGGACACACACAGCUGCCCGGUGGGGAGGGGUGGCUGCUGAAUGAAAGCUGGCAGAGAGACCCUGGAGUGAUCAGGGAAAAUGAAAAGCAGGCUUUGAAGAAAUGAGCAGGAUGUGGAGAGGUGGACGGAGAAGACCUUUCAAGCGAAGACUCACGCCUUUGGGCACCUGGCGCCACGAUAGGCCAGGCUCUGGGAGAUCAUGAGAGAGAGCAACCCCUGUGUCAGCUGGGCACCCCCAGCAUCCUCGUAUCAAGCAGAAUGUCCCCAAUUCUCCCAACAUCCGGCCAAAUGAGAACCCAGCCUCUUUUCUGCAUACAAGAGGCAACACACUCAAAUACCCACAGGCACUUGAUACACAUAUAUACUUGACUGAAGAUUUCUUAAGGAAAGUGCAAGAGGAGGUUCACCUUGUUCAUGCCACAUCAAACAAGCUAAAAAUCCAUCCUAGAUGUUCCCUUUUUGGCCCUGCUCCCCACCGGACAAUCUCCAUACAGGAGAGCCAGUAUCACACACCCCCACUCCACCCAAGCUCUGCACCUUCCCACUCUCCACACCCCUUGGAAGUCAGCAUGUUCUCCUUGGGGUUUCUCUAUCAGCCCUGACAUGUGGCUCCCUUGGAUACUGUCUGCAAGCAAAUAUAUUUGUAAUGUUCACCCCCCCAAAAAAAGAAAAGAAAACUGGGCUGAACAUAAUGUAUCAUCACAUACACACACAUAUAACAUGGACCUACAUAUUUCUUCUCGACAAGAUUAACUUUCUUGCUGUACUGAGCGCUCCUGCCCAUUUUCUAAAUGAUACUCUGCUGAUACCUUUAAUCAUUCUGUGUGUGUCUGUUGCCAUAAAAGACAGCACGUGGCCAGAUGCUAGAGGCUGGGAUGCUUCCACCAUCGGCUUCAAGUCUGUGGUGCUGUGGUUUUCAGUGGGAACGGAGGCAGAGGCGCUGGGCCCACAGAAUGGAGAGUCCUGCUCCCAGAAACGGCCUGGGCCAGCAGCCACGGAGCUGGUGACUCCCCGGGGGAAGUGGCCGGUCACCUGGCCCCACUUGUCACAUCCCUGGGAGUUCAGCCACCAGAGACAAGACUCCCAUUGUAGGAUGUGUGACAACCCCGGAUUUUUCUCUUCUCUUCACUUUCAAGAUGGCAAGAGGCCGGGAAUGAAAGCAGGGCCUUCGACAGACAGAAAAAGACUGUGGAGGGGCAGGCCCUCCUCAGACAAGCUGAUGGAAAAGCCAACCGCAGAGGGCUUUCCCCGACCUGGAAGCCCAGAGAGGUAUACCACACGGGAUGGUCCUGCAGGGAUUGGGGGAUGCAGAUGUGCUGCUCUUGCCCCGCUGGGCCUCCUCCACCUGCUGUGCUGGGGACCCUUACCUUCCCACAGGGCCGCAGAUCACAGCCAUCACCCAGGCCUCCUAAAGAUGCCUUCAAGUUCACCAGCCAGGGGAGCACCCGAGCCCCUCGGAACAGAGGAAUAAAUGAAAAUGAGUGAACUCCAUUCAGGUUAAAACGGUGGAGUCUGUCAGUAAGGACUUGCUGCUUUGUACAUGAGAGCUCCCCAACUCAAACUGGUGCCAAUGGAAGAAUCCAGAGAAAGGUUGAACGACCCAGACGUAACCAGUUGUUACACUUCAGGAAAACUGGAACCGUGCAUCUGAUCAUCACCAGGACUCAUUGUGCAUAUUUUCUCUCUCUCCUUACCACUCCCAUGUCCUCCACGUGGGAAUGACCUAGCUCCUGACAUGUAGAGUCAGCACAAUCUCUGGUUCCCACAAACGGAGAGGGGCUCCAACUCUUCCUCCAUUAUGAAGUUGAAGGCUGGGGCCACCGUGGCUUAGAUGCCCACCCCUGGAUCAACCACAUCUAGGGGGCAGGUGACCAUGACCAUCCUGGCGGAAUCCUGUGGCUUGAAAGAACAGGGAUGCUAUCCCCAGAAAAGGACACAAGGCCCUUUCCACAGAUGGCACUACAACGUGGGGAAAAAUGAUCUGAGAUAAAUGCAGAGACUGAUUUUGUAAGAAGUC